AUGUCACCUGGGAUGAAUAUACGUCUUAAACCCGACAGGUCCGAUCAACAAAUCCCAUUGCACCCCGUCCUUGAUAACACGUUAAUAACGUGGGCCGAAAGCAUAAAAACGUUAAGUCAAGAUUCAAAUCGGUUAAGUAGCGAAUCACUUCGUCAUCAAAAUCUAUUACAAGGAGUUCAAGGACAAAUGAAAGAAUUAGAAAAUGGAAUAACUGAUGUGAAUACUUGUAUUGAUAGCAUAACACAAAACCAAGAAAUAUUACAACAAGAUUUAUUAAGUCUGAAAAAAACAGUAAAUAAAGAAAAGUCGUCCGCUUGUGAUGGAACAUUAAUAUGGAGAAUAGACAAUGUUUCAAAUAUAAUGUCGGAUGCACAGCAUGAAAGACAGACGUCAAUUUAUAGCCCUCCAUUUCACUCUUCACCACCCGGAUACAAAAUGCGUGCUCGGCUCUAUGCUUAUGGAGAUGGUAAUGCCAGAGGAACGCAUAUGUCAGUAUUUUUUGUACUUAUGAGAGGUGAUAAUGAUCCAAUUAUCAAAUGGCCGUUUGAUUGCAAAGUUACCUUUUGUUUAUUUGAUCAGUCUGGUCAACAUCGAGAUGUUAUAGCUUCAUUUCGUCCCGACACAAGUUCAAAUAGCUUUCAGCGUCCUCGCUUAGAAAUGAACGAACAGUACGGAAUACAGAAAUUCUGUCCGCUGCCGGUGAUACUACAAGAUCCCAGCAACUACGUUAUCGAUGAUGUGAUGUUCAUUAAAUGCUCAAUCGAGAAGAGUGAUAAUAUACGGAAAUUCUUAUCUGGUCAAUCAUCCAACAUAGAACACCAAACUACAACCGUCGUUCCAUAUCAUUCCCCUAUUCUCCAGUAUAGUUCUCUACAAACACAAACAACAUCAAUGGAAAUGAUUGAUCAACAAGCAGUUGCUUUUCUACAACAGGGCAUGAUUACUGACGAAGAAGAAGAACUAAUUUAUGUGUCGAAUGAUUUGUUUACUUUUCGAUUUGAAGACGAAGCACCGUUCAAUUGUGAGUUAUUGCAUCGUAGAGACAGCCGUUUCUCGCAAUAA